AUGUCCACCGCCGCCCGCAGCCAACCGGACCUCGCCACAUCACUCCGUCGCCGUCUCCACCGCGCCGGCCCGCCGGGCCCAUCUAGAGCCCGCUCGGGCCCGGAUCUCCGCCGCCGCAGCCCGGACGCGCCCGCGCCUCCCGCUCCCGAUCUGGAACGGCCAGGGGCCGAGUCCCGGUCCAGCGCCGCCCCGUCCCCGCCUCCACCUCGCCGCCCGGCUGCUGCGCCGACAAGCGCUGUCGCCGCCCUCGUGAGGAGCGCCUCCGCCGCCGCCUUCCUCGCCCCGCGCGUCGCCCAAGCUCGCUGCGCCGCCGCCAUCGGCCUCGCCACCGAAGACCCUCCCCGCACCACCAUCGGCCGCCGCCUUCCCUGCCUCCCUCAAUCUAGAUGGGAUCGAGAGGAGGACGCCGCCGCCACGUGGGCCCCGCGGCCCAGACCCCGCCGGCCCAGCUCCGGUGGCCCGGCCUCCAACGCCCGCAUGGGCCACGGCCUCGCAAGGCCCACCUCCUCGCCGGCCUGCUACCUCCCCUGCAACCUGGGCCGAGCCCGUGUGGUGAGCCACCCCCCCUAA